CUAACCAAAAUUUGAAAACCCGACCCGGCACAUACAUAGGCAAGAUGUCCAGGUUCUUUAUGUUCCUAGCCGACAACCAAAAACACCAACGCUUUCAGGCCUUUUCUGAAAAAAAGGAUCCUAAAAAAUAAGAGAUACGGAAAGAGAGACUUUUGCUUCUGCUGUUCGGAGUCGCGCGUAAAAAAUGGCGGUUUUGGAGGAUUCGCUGGUGAGCUCCAAGCUCUCUCCGCCCAAUACAUACGGAGCCGUCGUUCUCGGCGGCACCUUCGACCGAUUACACAACGGUCAUCGCCUGUUUCUCAAGGCGGCGGCGGAGCUGGCAAGGGAUCGGAUUGUGGUCGGAAUUUGCGACGGACCCAUGUUGACUAACAAGCAGUUUGCUGAUUUGAUACAACCCAUUGAGGAAAGGAGCAAUAGUGUUGAGAAUUACAUCAAGUCUAUCGAGCAGGGGCUGGUAGUGCAAGUUGAACCUAUUACGGACCCCUAUGGUCCCUCAAUAGUCGAUGAGAAUUUAGAGGCAAUUGUUGUCAGCAAGGAGACUUUACCGGGGGGACUGUCUGUUAAUAAGAAGAGAGUUGACCGAGGUCUCUCACAGCUUAAGAUUGAAGUUGUAGAUCUAGUGUCCGAAGGAUCUAGUGGAGAUAAGCUUAGUUCAACAUCAUUAAGGAAGCUUGAGGCGGAGAAGGCCAAGAACCAACCGCUAUCAUAAGUUGUUAUUUACCGAAAAGUGUACGUGAAACUAUGCAAGUGCAAUCUGUCCCGUUCGAAGACUGGAGAUCGUGCAGUAAUCCAUAAGUCAAUUGAGCUGUUCGUUGCAGAGCGAAGAAGAUGAGUGAAAUGGUAACGUCCUUCAAUUUCGGCUUAUCAACGCAUGUGGAUCACUUCGGGACAUUCCCCCAGCAUACACUCUUCAAAGUUAGACCGUUUCUUAUGUAAAAAUCUGCAAAUGCAGAUUGUGUUGUUUGAUUUACUGCUGGUGUUUUAUCAAUAGGAACAUAUCUAAGGUUUUAACUGAGUCCUCAGUGCAGUAAAUGUCAAUAAAAUGUCUGCUUUUUUUUUU